UGCUCGCAGCCUCCACUCUGCAGUUGCAUGCUGCACUACGGUUGGUAGCUGUUGGCCAAUCAACAAAAGGGCUUUGAAGUUAAGUUGAUGUUUUAUUUGGGCGCACUUCCCUCAAUAUGAGGGUCCGUACCUGACUUUGGAUAUUGAACACAGGCUGCCUGUUACUACAAGUUCAAUAUCCAUUUCCCAGAGUUUCGGCAAACAGAACUGGGCGCAAUUACGCACGGCGAGUACCAUGGCACCGAUUUUGGAUAGACGUGCUCCGGCUUUGCUCUUGGUUUGGAGCUACUGCGUGCUGGCGAAUACCGCUUUUACGAACUUUACUUUAGACAACGAGUUCCACUCCAGUUUCAUCCACCGUCGACUGAAGAGCCAGGAGCGCAGAGAGAUGCAGCGGGAGAUCCUGUCGAUCCUGGGGCUGCCGCACCGGCCGCGACCCCACCUCCACGGAAAGCACAACGCUGCUCCGAUGUUUAUGUUGGACUUGUACAACGCCAUGUCCACGGAGGGGGACGAGGACAGAUACUCGUAUCCCUACAAGCCCGUCUUCACCACCCAAGGCCCCCCGAUAGCCAGCCUGCAAGACAACAACUUCUUGAACGACGCAGACAUGGUCAUGAGCUUUGUCAAUCUGGUAGAGCACGACAAGGAAUUCUUACCAGUGCGGCGUCAUCACCGUGAGUUCAGAUUUGACCUAUCACGGAUCCCCGAGGGCGAGGCGGUCACUGCUGCUGAGUUUCGUAUUUAUAAAGACUUCAUCCACGAACGCUUCGAUAAUGAGACCUUCCGCAUUAGCAUAUUCCAGGUGUUGGAGGAACACACUGAUAGGGAGUCAGACCUGUUUCUGCUGGACUCUCGGGUGAUCUGGGCAGCAGAGGAGGGCUGGUUGGUGUUUGACGUGACAGCCACCAGUAACCACUGGGUCCUGAACCCUGGCAAGAACCUGGGUCUGCAGCUUGCCCUGGAGAGCACAAAAGGAGAGAGCAUCAAUCCUCGUGUGGCAGGGCUGAUUGGUCGCAGUGGGCCUCAGAAUAAACAGCCCUUCAUGGUGGCCUUCUUCAAAGCCACUGAGGUGCACCUGCGAAGCAUCCGCUCAGCGCAAGGAGGGGCCAAACAGCGAAACCCCAACCGCUCCAAAGGGACAAAGAGCCAAGAGGCACUGAGAGUGGCCAACGUUGCAGAAAACAGCAGUACUGAUCAGAAGCAGGCGUGCAAGAAGCACGAGCUCUACGUCAGUUUCAGAGACUUGGGGUGGCAGGACUGGAUCAUCGCUCCAGAAGGAUAUGCGGCGUACUAUUGCGAGGGAGAGUGUGCCUUCCCGCUGAACUCCUACAUGAACGCCACAAACCAUGCCAUUGUGCAAACCCUUGUUCAUUUUAUUAACCCGGAGACGGUUCCUAAGCCUUGUUGCGCCCCCACACAGCUCCACGCCAUCUCAGUGCUCUACUUCGAUGACAGCUCCAACGUCAUCCUCAAGAAAUACCGCAACAUGGUGGUCAGAGCUUGUGGCUGCCACUAGGCUGUCAGCGUUCACAUCAAGACACACACAUAUGCACGCUCACAUGAGUAGAAAGGGCUUCUUCUUGCUGUCAGGCACCAUUUGAAACAUCGAGAAUGGAUUAAAAACAAAUCCAGUACAUGUAUUUAAUGAACGUUCUGAGAGGUGAAGACCGUCUCCUGUGUGGAGGGUACUCUCGUUUCGUUUUUAAAGGUUGCCCUGAAGUAAACACGAUGUUGUGUGGCAAAACGGGAAUUUCAUUCAAUUUUAGACUCCUCGCACACAAGUGCACACACACGCACAAACAAACACGCACACACACACUCACGUUUGUGCUUUCUACUGUGUAUACGAGACAUUAAAAGCAGUGAUUGUACUGUAUAUUCAUCCACAGUCAGCAAUCUUUUGUUUAUUUUAAUACUUGUUAUUGUAGUUGAUUCUUUUACUGUAGAUUUUAUUAUAUAUAAAUAUAUAUAUAUUUUUAUGACUGAGAGACUCGAAUGGAUGUUCUGAAUUUCUUCUAUGUACAAUACUGUGUAAAUAAUUUUUUUUCAAACAAAGCAAGAAGUGUAUUUAUUUCCUAGAAUGUCACUUGGGUUUGUGUUUUUUCUCCUGUAUGUAAUGCUGCCGGUUUUCUUUCACACGAUAGUACACACAAACUCUGAGGAAAUGAAAACAAAGUUGACGGAAAACUACUUUGACACGAGCGUUGAGUUCACACUCAAUGCGCCUCACGUGUUCAUGCACACUGAUGGCAAUAGGCCAUUUUUUGACAACUUGGACCUGUUUAAAUGUCUACAUACUUCACAUGUUUAAAGCAACAAUCAGCUGAACUGUCAGAAAGAGAGAGCGUUGUACGAAGCAUCUUAUUUUGUGUGCUAGACGUUUUCAGGUUUAUAUUCCUCUGCUGUAAUACAAUCUGUCGUAUUUAAAAGGUCUAUUUAUUGAGAGCUGGCUAAGAUGUUCUACAGUGUACUCCAAUGUCUCAACCAUGUUUUACUGCUGAACUGGUUGCAACAAUAAACUGGGAGAAAAGCAACAAAAACCACCUUGAGGUGUGUUGUUUAAUCUGGUUGAAGAGCAGAAUUAAAUCGACACGCUGGUGUUCUCGACACAGUCCCGCACAACUACUUGCUUGGAUUGUAGCUGCUGGAUGUUAAUACAUUUACAUUAGAUUGGAUGUCUGCUGACCUGAGAUCAGUCUGAGUGUGUUUCCUUUCCAUGUGCAAAAACAAACUGAAAACCUUUGUUUUCUCAGGUUUAUGUUGAGGUACAGUGUGUGUCUGUGUUAGUGGUUUAUG